AUGUUUCGCGCGAUACUCGCCGUAUGUGCUGUAACCAUUUCCUGGCAUGCCAACGCCCUGUACAUCGAGGAGCGAAGCAGUUGCCGGACGGAUGGAUGUGUCACCCCAAGUGGUUGUGUGCCACGCUACUCACAGUACAGCACUGCACUCUACUGUCCACAGCGUUGUGUGAUUGAACGGUGUCGAUCGGUGGCGAACGAGCAACAGCGACGCGUCUGCCAUCAGAUCACUUCAGUCGCCACCGGACAGGUGCUGGCCGCACUAGACUCCUACGACCGACGCGGCAAUCAACGGUACGCAUCGCUGGUGAAUCCCAACUCGGGCGAACGCGACCGGUGGAACUUGAUCGUGGGCCCGGGCAACAAUUAUUACAUCCAGAACAGUGACACUAGGGAGUAUCUGCGAGCGAGCGACAACAACUAUCUCUAUCUGGUGUCCGAGCGACCAACUGACGAGAGCUUCCUGUUCAAGCCGGAUCUCGUCCAGGGUACCUGGUCCUGUGUGCUGCUUCAAUCCGUCUGCUACCGAGGCUACAUUUUCGCCGAACAGUAUAACAGAGGAUAUAGAAACUUUGCGUUGAUGACUCGUGACCUGCAACGAUGCUACCGUGAAAGUCUGUGGAGUGUUUCCUCUGUUAAUUGUUGA